AUGCUCUUUCUACUAUUAAUCACCAUACUUCUGGACCCGCUCCGACUAUGCGAGGGCUCGCCAACCUGCGAGGGUCCGCCAACCUUCCAAGAGGAAUACCAGGGCAGCUACGUACCAAAGGUUACCAAAACAGGAUUUGGCCUCCAAGUUGUGGCGCCGGAUACUCCAUAUGUGGCAGUAGCUGGCCUAGACCAGUUAUACUUCAUCGACACCCGGCUCGAUAUUGAGACUGCAAAACACGUGAAGGAAAAUAUCGAGAAGGCAAGUGUGCCGAAGGAGGACGAGUACAUCGCCAUAGACGAGAUUUCAGCUACGGCGGAAGUGAAAAGCUUUGUGACCGGCGAAACGACAUUCGUGUUUGACCCUGCCUUUGCCAGGGUGAUGUUUUCCAGGGGAAUGAACAGGCGCAACCCGGAGCUUAAAUUGCCUGAGCCUGAGCCCGCCGGUGAUUGGUUAGUGACCUACGACCUGGGCAAUAGUCUUCUUGGAAACGCAAGCGAGGCAAAAGGAUAG